CGAUUCGAUUCGUACUCUCCUCAACUUCCCUUCUCACCUCGAUUGCCAUUGAGAUCGCAGCGCACUCGACCAAGUCUCGUCCAGUCCGCCUCUGCUCACAGACUCGCAACAGCUUAGGACUAUUCUGCGCUUCACCAUGAACAACCCCGCCUGCGCCCAGAACAAGAACCAGCCCACUUCUGCUUAUGAAGAAGAGGUUUUUUGGGAUCUCACCGGAAGGUGUCUCGGAACUCAUGCUGCUCAGAUGCAACCCGAGGAUAACUGCAUUCAACGUAUCCUCGAAGCACUUGACGAAAGCAUCAAGCCCGAAGACGACGGUACGCCCAUUUCGCGAUCUUCUAGCACCUGGUCCGUAUCGCUUGUCGAGUACGAGCAGGACAAUCACGACUCGGCAGACAAAGCUUCGCAAGGGAGUGUUCUACAUGGCAUGAACCAUGUCCACCAGAGUUUCGACGAAGCGCUCGAGGCGCACGGCAAUGGAAACAAGGACCUCGAUGCUUACCGUAGCGACGGUUCGGACUGGGUCAACAUCGAAGGGAGAUCGACCAGCAACGUAUCAAUGGACUGCCUCGUCUCGUCCCUCUCGUCCCCCUCGGUCGAUUCGGUGAUCCAACCUACCGAGCUCCACGAAAUCGAGUCUGCGAUUCACGCGAGCGAGUGGCAAGGGCUCGGAAUCUCGCACCCUCAGAUCGCUCAAGUCGAGCUCGGCUGGCCUUUCAACGAAGAGGCUUUCGAACAUGCCGUCAAGAUGAAAAUGCAGGGCUCCAAGUCAGCCCCUGGCUAUUCGUCCAGCGUCGCGGAUUGGUCGACCGCCGUUCGUGAUGAGACGGCCCGUGACCUUAUCAAGAACGCUUCAGUCGAUAAUGAACCUGCGGAGGAGGAUCUCGAGCGGAUCCUCUCGAUGCUGGCCAUCGAGGACGGCUUCGGAUCCCGCGAGGUGGCUCCUCGUGCGCCUACCCCUCCACCAGUCUUCCGUCGAGCGACCGUGCCUCAGAUCGUGAUCCCUCCUCGUCCGACCUUUGUGAGCUCGAAGACUGACGGAUGGGCCUGCAGAGACGCGCGCGAUCUUGCCUCGCCGACCGUCCGACCCCUGGCCUACUUUUCGACCAGGACUCCUGGUAUCGGCGGUCAUAGCGGAUACUUCACUUCGACCUUAUUGAAGCAGGCUUCGGAAGGACCAAUCCCACCUUCCUUGCUCAAACGCCAGGCUCGGUCGCCCAUCGCGGACGCCGGUAACCUUCCCACUUCUCCGCUCCUGUAUCAAGGAAAGACGAUCAUACCUUUCAACAUCAUCCUUUCACCUACCGAAUCUGCCGGUUCCUCCCGAUCGGAAUGGGAGACCACCGAUGACUCGAGCGAAUACAGCAGCCCGUUCAUGUUCUCGGUCUCCCGGCCGGGAACCCCUCGGCCCAUGGACAAGGCCAAGUCGAUGGACUUUACGGCUUGUCACGACAAGGCGUUCAACCCUUAAAAUCUAUAGGAUCUCGCAGGCUUGUCAAUCCUCACGAUCGACUUCGUCAAUGGCGACUGACAAAGGAUUCCCAAAGUCAUC